GCGGCUGUCAAAUUCUACCUGUCAUAAAUAUAGAUGUCAAAACAUGCAAGAUUGUUGCUUGUAGGGUAUAAUUCGAUAAAAACAAGCAAAAAUAGAAGGCGUUGAAGAAUUUUUAAAAGGGUUUUAAACUGCUUUAUUAGGAUGAGUGCUAUGCCUGUUUCGUCGUCGACUCUUCUACCAUUAGAACUGGUCGACAAAUGCAUAGGAUCCAGGAUACAUAUUAUUAUGAAAAAUGAUAAAGAAAUCGUGGGAACUUUGUUAGGGUUUGAUGAUUUUGUUAACAUGUUGCUUGAGGAUGUUACGGAAUAUGAAACAACACCUGAAGGAAGAAGAAUUACUAAACUAGACCAAAUAUUACUUAAUGGGAAUAACAUAACUAUGCUUGUUCCAGGUGGAGAAAUGCCAGAAUAAAUAGUGUUUAUAUAUGUUCUCAUUAAAUAAACUUUAUUUCUAAAA